AUGGACCGGUACAGGCACCCUGCCUGCCAAACCACCCACGUGGACGAGAGGGGGUUCGUCCAAUACAAACGAGACUACACAAACGAAGGCUUUAUCACAUCACGGAGGAGACAGAUCAAAGUGCAUGAUGGCUGGGUCGUUCCGUACAAUUCCGCAUUACUGCUCAAAUACGAGGCGCACAUAAACUUGGAGCUUGCUUCUACUCGUCGCGUAAUCAAGUACCUCUUUAAGUACCUCAUGAAAGGCGGUUCUCUCCAGAACGUAACCGUCACUCCCCUGGGGAAACAAGAGGAUGAGGUCGAGCAUUACGUGACGAAGAGAAUGGUGGGUGCCAGCGACGCAUGCUGGCGUCUUCUCGACUUUCCUGUGUCAAAGCUCGAGCCCACCGUUGAGUGUCUUCCCGUGCAUUUAGAGGGCAAACAAAGUGUUGUCUUUCGGCCGAGACAGCUCUCUGAUGCAGUCACUCAAGCAAGCUCCAAGCUUAUGGUCUACUUCAAUCGCCCGCACCAUGAAACUUUUGACAAUGUCACGUACCAGACAUUUUACGAGAAGUUCAUGGUGCACACUAAGCGCCCACGUACUGCGGAAUUGUACGAACACCCCGAUGGCUAUCACUUUGUAACGACUCGCCAGCGUGGUGAGAAGGUAUGUAGGUUGAUGUGGGUCUCUCCUAACCGAGGAGAACAAUACUACCUUCGUAUUCUACUUAUGUCUACACCUUGCCGUGGUUACGUUGAUCUUCUGGCUCGUGGCGGUCCUGGUUGCCGGACGUUUCAGGACGUAGCCCGCAAUCUCGGCCUGGUGGAAGACGAAGAAGAAUACAAUCACGCGCUGCGCGAGUCUUUCAAGAACCACCUUAGCGAGGAUCACUUAGAAAGGAACCCUCUCGACCCUGAACUGGCGGUGAAACUUACCUUGAUAGACAUCGAUCGGAGCCUCCGCCAGCAGGGAUCGUGCUUGAAAGAUCAUGGACUCCCCUACGUCGAGGAUGACACGACUGAGUUAGGUAGAGAGCUACUCAACUACGGCGAGAACCUCCAGCGAACCAUCGUUGAGGACUGGGUGCCCAAACUCUCCCCAGACCAGCGCCGUGUGUUUGAGUACGUUCGCUCUCUGCUUCUCAACCCCCCGUGA